AUGAGUUCGCGGGAUACCGGCAACGGCUACUCCACCUCCUCCGGACUCGCAGGCAACUCAACAAGACCCCCCAUCAACUUUGCAUCGCUGGCCGCCUCACCUCGAUCCUCCUGGCGUGGCGAAAGCGGCGCAACAGGCUCACGCUCAUACUACUACGGCUCCCCCUCCCACGACGUGAGAUCCCCCCACCCACUCCGCUAUUCCAGGAGCCCCACCCCCUGGGGGGGCUCGCCCUCCCGCCUCUCCCAGCAGCGCGAAGAAGAACCAUCCUCAGCACCGAACUAUUCCAUUUCCACCUCCUCCUCGUCAUCCUACCACUCCCAAUACCGCGCACGGAGCCCCGGCCCUUAUUAUCGAACAGGCGGUUCUAGCAGUGGUGGUGACCGCUCUCCCCGCCGCCACCACCACCACCUCCGCCGGCGCUUCCCAUCCCCCUCCCCCUUCCGCCUGCCGUCACCCGAGCGUCCCAUCCUCUACGGCAGCGCCCGCCCUUCUUCCCGGCUCCAGCACCAAUAUGAGGACUCAAACACUACUACUACUAGUAGUACUACUACCGGUACUAGUACUGGUACCAGGUCGCGGGCCUCGACGUGGCUGAGCGGAGGAGGAGGAGGAGGAGGAGGAGCGGCGGGCGGGGCAGCGGAUGAUUAUGAUUAUGAGUAUGAUGAGGAGCCGGCGCCGUCGGUGUGGUCGUCGUCGAACUAUGGGUCUUCUGAUGCCGGCGUGGGACGGAAUUCGGAUUCCGGGUCAUGGAGGACGCUCUCGUUUCAUGGUGGUGCGCGGUCGUCGCCUGUGCCGGGCAGGGUGGGGGAGAGCAGGGCUUGGGAUAGGCGAGAGAGGCGGUUUCGGGAGAAUGGGAGUCCCUGA